AUGCGCUCCCACCUUGAUCCAAGCGAACUCGGCACGAAGCAAUACUGGGACGAAGCCUAUGCACGUGAAAUCGCAAAUCAUGCCCAGGACGCACAAGAUGAGGGCACCAUCUGGUUCGACGACAGCGGUGCUGAAGAGAAGGUCAUUGAACGCCUGGAAGCUUUGGAAGACGAGGGCCUGCUGAGCAAGGACGACUCGCGCAUUCUCGACUUGGGCACCGGCAACGGACACAUGCUGUUUUCUCUGCUGGAUGAAGAGUGGUCCGGAGAGCUAGUCGGUGUCGACUAUAGCGAUGCCAGUGUGAAGCUUGCCCGUCAGAUCGCUGCUGGACGCGAAGAGGAAGAUGCUUCCAUUCGUUUUGACGAGUGGGAUCUUCUCAAUCAACAACCUGGAGAAUGGCUGGGUGAAGGCUUCGACGCUGUCCUGGACAAAGGCACCUUCGACGCCAUCUCGCUGUCUUCCGAGACAGACGCUCAAGGCCGCCGUAUCUGCGAGUCAUACCGCGAGCACAUUACUCCUCUCGUUAAGCCUGGACAAUUCUUUAUCAUCACAUCCUGCAACUGGACUAAAGAAGAAGUCAUGAACUGGUUUGUCGCUCCUGACGGCGAGCUGCAAUUCUUCGAUGAGGCCAAGUAUCCCACCUUCACCUUCGGCGGUCAACAAGGCCAGAGCGUCUGUACUCUAAUCUUCCAAAGACGUUCGAACUGA